GGAAGACUUUCUCCAUCAACAGAACGUUUCUAUCGUCGAUCUGUUGAUUAUCCUCCAUCUUAACUCUUUAUACCCCCCUCUACGAGUUCCGAUAGAAACUGUAGAGUCUUCCUCACCAUGCCUAUUGCCAACGGUGACUCCCUCGGCCGCGCCAUGAAGGCCGAGAUCCAGGACCACACCAAGGCCCUGGAGGUCCUGGAGAAGGACUACCAGACGAGAGAUGGUCUUGAUGUCGAUACCCUGCUUGACUCCGACAAGCACGGCGCGUUGACCUACAACGACUUCCUCAUCUUGCCCGGAUACAUCGGCUUCCCUGCCUCCGAUGUGACUCUGGACACCCCCGUCACCAAGCGUGUCUCCCUGAAGGUCCCCCUUCUCUCCUCCCCCAUGGACACCGUCACCGAGCACAACAUGGCCAUCCACAUGGCUCUCCUCGGUGGUCUGGGUGUUAUCCACCACAACUGCUCCCCCGAGGCGCAGGCCGAGAUGGUCCGCAAGGUCAAGAGAUACGAGAACGGUUUCAUCCUCGACCCCGUUGUUCUCUCUCCCAAGGCUACCGUGGCCGAGGCCAAGGAGCUGAAGGCCAAGUGGGGAUUCGGUGGCUUCCCCGUCACUGAAAACGGAACUCUUCGUUCUAAGCUCGUCGGUAUUGUCACUUCCCGUGACAUCCAGUUCCACCCCAACGGCGAGGACUCUGUCACCGCUAUCAUGUCCACCGACCUGGUCACCGCCCCCGCUGGCACCACUCUUGCUGAGGCCAACGAGGUCCUCCGCUCUUCCAAGAAGGGCAAGCUCCCCAUUGUCGAUGAGAACGGCAACAUCGUCUCUCUGCUGUCCCGCAGCGACUUGAUGAAGAACCUCCACUACCCCUUGGCUUCCAAGCUUCCUCAGUCCAAGCAGCUGAUCUGCGCUGCUUCUAUCGGCACCCGCGAGGAGGACAAGACCAGACUUAGACUGCUGGUCGAGGCUGGUCUGGAUAUCGUUAUCCUUGACAGCAGCCAGGGUAACAGCUUGUUCCAGAUCGAGAUGAUCAAGUGGACCAAGCAGAACUUCCCCGAGAUCGACGUUAUCGGUGGUAACGUUGUCACCCGUGAGCAGGCCGCAGCUCUGAUUGCCGCCGGUGUCGAUGGCCUGAGAAUUGGCAUGGGCAGCGGCAGUGCCUGCAUCACCCAGGAGGUCAUGGCUGUCGGCCGUCCCCAGGCUGCUGCCGUCCGCAGCGUCUCCAGCUUCGCCGCCCGCUUCGGUGUUCCCUGCAUUGCUGACGGUGGUGUUCAGAACCUUGGCCACAUCGUCAAGGGUCUGGCCAUGGGUGCCUCUACCGUCAUGAUGGGCGGUCUCCUUGCCGGUACCACCGAGUCUCCCGGUGAGUACUUCGUCAGCAAGGAGGGUCAGCUCGUCAAGGCCUACCGUGGUAUGGGCAGUAUCGCCGCGAUGGAGGACAAGAAGGCCGGUGGUGACGGCAAGGCCAGCAACGCUGGUACCGCUCGUUAUUUCUCCGAGAAGGCCAAUGUCCUCGUCGCUCAGGGUGUUGCCGGUUCCGUUCUGGACCGUGGCUCCAUCACCAAGUUCGUCCCCUACCUCAUUGCCGGUGUCCAGCACUCUCUGCAGGACAUUGGUGUGACGAGUCUCCAGGCUCUCCACGACGGCGUCAACCAGGGUGUUGUCCGCUUCGAGAUGAGAAGUGCCAGUGCCAUGACCGAGGGUAACGUCCACGGUCUGCACAGCUACGACAAGAAGCUCUACGCUUAAGCGGUGAUAGCUUAAGGGUUGGAGUUCUUGUUGUUUCUUUUCGUUUUUACUCUUCAAGGAGCCUCUCUGUUGACACGUCUCGUUACAUGACGCAAUGUGACUAUUACGAAAACAAAAGCUCGGGCAUGGGGGACAGGAGUUCGAUAUGUGGUAACGCGCAGACUUUGGUAUUAUGAUGGUUCUUCAAUGCAUUUAUGCCUCUUUUCCAUGAUUUAUCUAGAGAACCUAGACUUGCAAUAAGUCAUCAAUCUAUUCAUAUU